AUGGUUGGUUGGUUAUGGAGUCUAUUUUUUCGGGCGCAUAAAAAGGACCUCGAGUUCAGUGACCUCUACCGGUGCCCAAAAUCAGAUGAGACACAUCGGGUCCGACAGAAGCUCGAAAUGAAAGCCAUCGCUAUAUUGGGCACUAUUCGCAUCGACGCGGUAGUGAACUUGUUUCAACCAUAUUGUAUUGUCUAUUUGAUCCGAUAUUUCAAUAAUGACCCCGACACUAGCCAGUGGUGGGCCAUAUGGGCAGCCGUGGGUAUUGUAUUGACCGCCAUUGCAAACACGGUUAUCUAUUAUUUAAAUGUGGCCUUGUUAUGCAAUGUUGGUGUCAAAGUCCGGGCCGCCUGUUGUGCCCUAAUCUACCGCAAGUCAAUGCGUUUAAGUCAUUCAUCACUCGGACAGACAACUGUUGGCCAAAUAUUAAACAUUAUGUCUAACGAUGUCCACAGAUUUGACGAGUUUUCAGUGACGUCGAGAUCAUUGUUUGUGGCGCCACUGCAGGCGGCGAUUGUGACAUACCUAUUGUGGUCACACUUGGGCUGGACGUGUCUGACGGGAAUGGGAAUAAUUGUGCUGUUUAUACCAUUUCAAGUACUAAUGGGUCGUAUGUUUCGUAGUAUCCGUCAAAAGACGGCCGAAUUAACUGACAGUCGAAUCCGUUUAAUGCAAGAGAUUAUCGCCGGAAUGCGUGUCAUAAAGAUGUACGCCUGGGAACAGCCCUUCGCACUAUUGGUCGCAACCGCUCGCAAUCUAUCCACGAUUGUGGCAUGUAAUCAGGGUAGAGUGACAAUUUUUUCGGGACAAGUCCAGACUUUUUUAUUACUCGAAGAGAUGAGUGGUUUGGAUGAGAGGGAAGGGAAAAACAACGAGACGUUCAUUUCGGGGGAAAAUGAGAUAACUCUCGGAGUAAUGGAAAACCCUUCGAGUAAUGAAGAAAAAAGCGUUUUUAUGGACAAAAUGAGCGUUCGUUGGAAUAAUGUAUGA